ACACACUCCCCCUCAAGAUGGUAUCUGCUGGGCUUCAGUUGCUGGGAAUCUCCCUGGCUAUGGUAGGCUGGGUGGGGGCUAUUGUGACCUGUGCCCUACCCAUGUGGAGGGUCACCGCCUUCAUUGGGAACAACAUUGUGGUAGCGCAGACCAUCUGGGAAGGCCUGUGGAUGAACUGUAUUGUCCAGAGCACUGGUCAGAUGCAGUGCAAGGUGUACGACUCUAUGCUGGCCCUCCCUCAAGACCUGCAAGCCGCCAGGGCGCUCACUGUCAUCUCUAUCCUGCUGGCGGUACUGGCACUGUUGGUCAGCAUAGCGGGUGCCAAGUGUACCAACUGUGUGGAGGAGGAGUCUGUGAAAGCCCGUGUCAGCCAGGUGUCUGGGGUGUUGCUCCUCGUUGCCGGGGUGCUCUACCUCAUCCCAGUCUGCUGGUCGGCCAAUAGUGUCAUCCGGGACUUCUACAACCCCCUGGUCACCGAGGCACAGAAGCGCGAGUUGGGGGCCUCUAUGUACAUUGGCUGGGGUUCCUCUGCCUUGCUGCUGCUGGGGGGCGCUCUGCUGUGCUGCUCCUGCCCUCAGAAGAAUGUGAACUACUCUGCCCACUACACUGCUGCCAGCUCUCGUCCUCGCACUGACGUCCCAAGCAAGAAUUAUGUGUGAAUUCAGAUUUCUAGGAACAUUAUUUGGAGUUGUCACUAACGCUUGUUUUGAGCUCAUUGGUGAGGGUACUGUAUUUAGUUGGU